UUCUCUUUAUUUACAUUCGUGUUUUGAUAAGGAUGGCGUCGUAAAUCUGAAAUUCCCAUUAAAUUACCAAAAAAAUAAUUAAAAAGAAGCACUUUAAAGAUGCCCGGCACAAUUUUGGAAAACCUAAGCGGCAGAAAACUGAGCGUUUUAGUGACCAUAUUACUUUUAAGUCAGCUAGCGUGUUUCUUGGUCGGUUUGAUAUCGCCUAGUCCGGCCAGCUCCCAAGGGAUCCUGUCCACGAUUUGUGUGGAUAAAAACCCAAAAGUCGACAAUUUUACGAAAUGGUUCAGUAGACAAUGUGCUUAUAAAGUCGACCUGAGCCACCCGGAGUCUACAAAGAGCUUGCAGGCCAAGGAGCUGGUUUUUGUGGUGGAAAUGCCCCUUUAUGAACAAGACUUCUCUCGCUGGCAACAGAGCUUGGUCGGAGUCCUUCAAAUCGACAUGGUGUACAAAAAGGGGCAGAAUCUCAUUAAUAAAAUGAUGGAGCUUACUUUCGACGCUCGCCUUGCUGUCAGUGAUAAACUCGAAGGGGGAGGCAAGAGUGCCUGGACUUAUUAUACCCAUGCAAUUACUAAGAGGUACAUGGAUUGCAUUUUCAACGAUACCACCAUCAAAAACAUGGAAGGCUACCCGUACAACUGCACCAUGGUUCCCCUAUUCGAACUCGGUUCUCUGUACCACGACUACUACCUACUAAAUCUCCGAUUGCCUUACGACGACGCACAAGAACUCAACACGCAACUGCUGAAAAUCGAAGAUAUUUACUUGCACACCAUACAUAUGAACGGUGGAUUCACGAAGGUGUGGGUAAGCUUAAAAACUAUAUUUUUCCCAAUUAUCGUGGGCAUCAUGAUCUGGUUCUGGAGGAGGGUGCACAUUUUGGCCAGGACGCCCGCUUUAUUGGAGUACAUGUUAAUAUGCCUCGGAGGCGCUUUGGCUUUCUUAGAUCUCCCUCUGGAGUAUCUCACCUUGUUCUUUGACAUGCCUUAUAUGCUCUUCCUCAGUGAUAUUAGACAAGGGAUCUUUUAUGCGAUGCUUUUGUCUUUCUGGUUGGUGUUCACCGGGGAGCAUAUGCUUAUCCAGGAGAGUGGGGAUCGCAACAGCUUGAAAAAAUAUUGGAAACACUUGAGCUCGAUUGGAGUGGGUUGCGUCUCGUUGCUCAUAUUCGACCUGUGUGAGAGAGGGAUGCAUUUAGUUAACCCUUUUUACUCUGUAUGGAUCAGUCCGUUAGGUACUAAUUUGGCCCUUAGUUUUGUCAUCUGUGGCGGCCUAUGCGCCGGCAUUUACUUCAUAUUCCUAUGCUACAUGGUAUGGAGAGUCUUUAAAAAUAUCAGCAUUAAAAGAUCAGUGUUGCCCAGCAUGACUCAGGCUCGUCGUCUACACUACGAAGGCAUAAUGUAUCGUUUUACGUUCCUUAUGGGGGCCACAUUGGUAUGCGCCGGUGUUACAGUGGUGUCUUUCCUGUUGAACCAGUAUAACCAAGGGGAACACCAUUGGGAUGACAGUAUGGACAUCGAAUGGACAUCGGUCGUUCACACGGGCGUUUAUGGGAUGUGGAACAUUUAUAUUUGUGCCCUGUUGAUGCUUUACGCUCCCAGUCACAAGCAGUGGCCCUCGGAGCCUCAAUGCACCGAAGGGGAGGAGGUUGAGUUCAGCAGAUUGUCCAGUGAGACCACCACUACUCCCAACGAGAUAUCCUCUCUUACUUCCUUUGUUGCUAAAGCGAAUAUUGAGUAAUUUUUAGAGUUUUGUGACUUAUUAGUUGAGAUAUGAUCUAUAUGUUUUACUUACCGUUGAAUCUCUAAUUAGAUAAUAGUACUUCUGUGUGAUAUUUUAGGGCAACUUUUUUUUUACGAGUUUUAUUAUAAUCAAAAUAGCAAGUAGUUUUGGUAUUUUUAUAAUCCUAUACAUUUUUCACUAUAAUUAUAGCUCCUUCCAAUUUAAAAGUAGUAUGUACUUAAUUUGCGCAAUAUUUAUACAGUAUUAUUUGGCUUUUGUGAUUUUUAUAAUAUAGUUAUAGGAACUGACGCAUAUUAUUCAAUUAGCAAUAAUAUAUCUUUAAAUAUAUUAUCUAAAUGUGGCAAA